CAACAUUCAGCCAUAACCAAAAGUGCAAUCGAACGAAUAGCCCACAAAAUAAUUAUGGUGCUGUGGUUGGGAAUUUUGGUUGUUCUGAUCGUUCUAACUGUUACUCAAUACUUCCUUAAUAAACAUAAAAAUCAACUCGUGGCGAAUCUUUCGGGACCUUAUCCAUUUAUUUUACUUGGAAGUGUUCAUAAAUUAUUUUGUCUAUCACCUCAAAACUUCUUCAAGCUCUUAAUACAUUUUCGUAAGAUAUGGGGAAAAACAUAUCGAAUUUGGAUAUUCAAUCGAUUGAUCAUCGCAAUAGGAGAUCCCAAAGUGGCUGAGGUUCUUCUGAGCAGUCAGACACACAUUAAAAAACAUCAUUUGUACAAUUUAUUUCGACCAUGGCUUGGAGUUGGUCUCUUGAUGAGCGAUGGACGUAAAUGGUUCUCGAGGAGAAAAAUCAUUACACCGACUUUUCAUUUUCAAAUUCUCGAGCGAUUUGUGGAGAUCUUCGAACAACAAAGUGAUGUUUUGGUGAAACAACUGGAGAAGCACUGCCAAACAGGCAAGGAGUUCGAUGUGCAUCCAUUUAUUGGAUUGGCAGCAUUAGAUAUCAUAACAGAGACUGCGAUGGGUACAAAGAUCAAUGCACAGACUGAUCCCACAAAUGAAUACACUCGAGCAGUAAAUGACAUCACUCGGAUUAUGUCUUUGCGGUUUCUAAACGUUCCUAUUGCAAAUGAGACUAUAUUUAGUAUAUUCUGUCCCAGAAUCAAACGUCGCCAAGUGGAAUGUAUAAAAACAAUGCAUAGCUUUACGAUAAAAGUCAUCGAAGAGCAUCGUAAGGCACUUCAGGAGGUAUUGCUGGUGGAAGAAAAUGAUAAUCAAGUUCAUAACGUUGGGGUUGAAACAAAAAAACGAAUGGCUCUUUUGGAUGUUCUUCUGCAAUCAACAUGCGAAGGGAAACCACUUACGAAUGAAGAUAUACGAGAAGAGGUUGACACAUUUAUGUUUGAGGGUCAUGACACAACAACUUCUGCUUUAAGUUUUGCCCUCACCCAAAUUGCCCGACAUCCAAAUGUCCAACAAAAACUUGUCGAGGAGAUAUGUGAAAUUCUCGGCAAAGAAAAAACCCCAGGAAUUAGCUAUAAACUUUUACAGGAGUUAAAGUACACCGAAUGCGUUAUAAAGGAGACUUUACGACUUUACCCACCAGUACCAGUGAUUGGAAGGGAACUAUUACAAGACAUGAGUUAUGAUGGAGGAGUCCUCCCAGCUGGAAGUGAAGUACUUGUUGGAAUUUGGCUAAUGGGCCAUGAUGGUGAUUUGUUUCCCGAUCCAGAGGAGUUCCGACCCGAACGUCAUUUGAUGGAGGCAGCUGAACGUGCAAGUUCUUUCUCAUUUAUACCAUUUAGUGCAGGUCCGAGAAAUUGUAUUGGACAGAAAUUUGCUAUGCUUGAGAUGAAAUGUGUAAUUGUGAAGAUUUUGAGAGAAUACGAAUUAUUGCCAUUGGGCGAGGACGUUAAGCCAACUAUGAAUCUUAUAUUGAGAUCGGAAAACGGGUUUCAAUUGGGUUUACGACACAGAAUAUUAUAAAAGAUCAAAGUUUUUCUAUACAUACAUCUAAAAAUGAAUUCAAUGUAAAAUCAUUUACUUUUUGUUAAGUUUAAAAAAAAGAAGAGAGAUCCUUAAUUUUAAGUUUAAUCAAAAUAAUUAAUUACUUAAAGAAAUAAAAACUCAACUAAUAAUAAAUUUA